CAAACUCGGGAGCGCGCAACGGCAGUUGGCGCGUGCGUCCGUUGGUCCUCCUCUUCCGCGUGAGGCUAUCUCUAGAAGCUCUCCAUUCCUUCCCUGACUCAGGCUGCCUUUUAAAGCAAACUGACACAGCAUGCCAUUUCCCACUCGGCCAGAGGACGAGACACAGUGAGGAGCUGCUGUGUCUACCAUUCUAACCCCCUUUCCGUCGUCACCCCCAUUGCCCUUGUUGUUUAGUUGCUUUUUUAAAAAAAUUGUUCGUUUACCUCGUUAGCUUAUUUUAGCCAUGUAUCGGUAUUUCGGGGAACUGUUGAGCCGCUCUGCGGGUAGUGCCCUGGCCUCGGGAUGCGUUGACUCUGCUCUCCCCGCGUCCUCGUCCCUGAUGAGGGUCCGUCGCUAUGCCGAUGCCGCAGAGCAGCCUGACGACCCCAACUUCUUCAGGAUGGUUGAAGGCUUCUUCGACCGCGGUGCCACCAUAGUCGAGGACAAGCUGGUGGAGGACCUGAAGACCAGGGAGAGCGCCGAGCAAAAGAGACACCGUGUGCGGGGCAUCCUGCGCAUCAUCAAACCCUGUAAUCACGUCCUCAGCGUUUCUUUCCCCAUCAAGAGGGAUAAUGGAGAGUGGGAAGUGGUGGAGGGGUACCGCGCCCAACACAGCCAGCACAGAACGCCAUGUAAAGGAGGUAUCCGUUACAGUAUGGAUGUGUCCGUUGAUGAGGUGAAAGCCUUGGCCUCGCUGAUGACCUACAAGUGUGCUGUUGUUGAUGUGCCCUUCGGAGGAGCCAAAGCUGGCGUCAAGAUCAAUCCCAGGAAUUACUCUGAUAAUGAGUUGGAGAAGAUUACCAGGAGAUUCACUAUUGAGCUGGCCAAGAAGGGUUUCAUUGGGCCUGGCAUCGACGUCCCUGCACCAGACAUGAGCACAGGAGAGAGGGAAAUGUCCUGGAUCGCUGACACAUAUGCCAACACUAUUGCGCACACUGACAUCAACGCCCACGCGUGUGUGACAGGAAAGCCCAUCAGCCAGGGUGGAAUCCACGGACGCAUAUCAGCUACCGGCCGCGGAGUUUUCCAUGGAAUUGAGAACUUCAUUAAUGAGGCAUCUUACAUGAGCAUGCUGGGUUUUACACCUGGUUUCCAGGACAAGACCUUCGUCAUCCAGGGCUUUGGAAAUGUGGGUCUCCACUCCAUGAGGUACCUGCACAGGUUCGGUGCUAAAUGUGUGGGUGUCGGUGAGAUCGAUGGAAGCAUCUACAACCCAGAUGGUAUUGACCCCAAACAGCUGGAAGACUACAAGCUGCAACAUGGAACAAUUGUGGGCUUCCCAGGGGCCAAACCCUAUGAAGGGAGCAUUUUGGAGGCUGACUGCCACAUCCUGAUUCCUGCUGCUGGAGAGAAGCAGCUCACACGCAACAAUGCCCCAAGGAUCAAGGCUAAGAUCAUUGCUGAGGGUGCCAAUGGUCCCACCACCCCAGAGGCCGACAAGAUCUUCCUAAAGAACAACGUCAUGGUUAUUCCUGACAUGUACCUGAACGCUGGUGGUGUUACAGUGUCUUAUUUUGAGUGGUUGAAGAAUCUCAACCAUGUCAGUUAUGGAAGACUGACCUUCAAAUAUGAGAGAGACUCAAACUACCACCUGCUCAUGUCUGUGCAGGAGAGCUUAGAGAGGAAGUUUGGCAAGCAGGGAGGACCCAUCCCCAUCGUGCCCACUGCUGACUUCCAGGCCAGAGUUGCUGGUGCCUCUGAGAAGGACAUUGUUCACUCUGGAUUGGCUUACACAAUGGAGAGAUCUGCCCGGCAAAUCAUGCGCACAGCAAGCAAGUACAACCUGGGCUUGGACCUGCGGACGGCGGCCUACGUCAACGCCAUCGAGAAGGUCUUCAAAGUCUACAAUGAGGCUGGGCUGACCUUCACAUAAGCGGCCCGUCAUGCCCUGCCCUGCCAUCCCUUCCUCCAUCCUCCUGCUAUACCCCCCCCUCUCUUUUCUCCCUCUACCUCCUCAAACAGCCUUCUGAACAUAUCACUGUUUACCGCUCGCUGCUCGCUGGCUCUUUCACACACAUUUAGCGCCACAUCGGCUCGCCUGAUAUUUAACCUGUGAUCUCUGUGCUGCUCUUCUAUUUCGGCAGUUCUGUUAAAAUGCCAUGUUCCUGUUUCUGCUUAGACUCGCCCACAGAGAGAGCGAAGGACCCAGCCGUCACUCGGCCGUUUCCUUAAUGUUGAUUUCAUGGCAGCCAUGUUCACUGUGGUCGCUGAAUGCAUGUGUGACCCUCCAGUUGGAGUUGUUGACAGCACUACAGAUGCCUUAUUCAGAAGGAGGUCUGCCCUAAAAGGGGGAUGGCCUCCUUAGUCUAAUUCAGUUAAAGAGGGAUUUGGGCUUAACUCUGAGAACAAAAGAAACAUGUUAUUUUAGCUUGUCCUCGCCCUCUUAAAGUGUAACGAUUAGCUGUGAAGUAUCCAGGCUUAUUUUUUCAUAGCAAAUGUUUUUACUGUAAUCAUUCACAGUAGAUGUUCUGCUUCCCGUCGUCUUCUUCCUUUCUCCACUUUAUCCUUCGCUUCAUCCUGAUCGCAGCUUCUCCCCCGACUCCUCCGCUGGCCAAGAAAGAGAAGCAGAACUGGGGCGAGGUGUGUUGUGACCGCCCGAUCCCUGUUGGGAUUUUCCUCAGUUUUAACCGUCCUGUUCUUCAGCAUUGAAAUUAUUUUGGAGGAAAUAACUUUUUAUUUCUGUUUUGUCACUUUUUGGAAACCAAUAAAACAUUCAGAAAAAGGCAGAUGUUGUUUUCACUCUCUAAAAAAAUCCCCUGUGAUGUUAGCGAGAAGAUCAUUCUUAAAAGACAAAUUUAAGCCUUGAGAUGAAGACUUUGCUUCAAUUUCCUUUAUUUUAGCCUCCAUUUGCCUUUUUAUGUCAUUCAGACCUCUGUUAUUAUCCUGUAAGAGCAGGUUAAAAGCUCAAUCCUGACCAUAUUAGGUAUAAGGAAUCACCUUAUGUAGCUAUUUUUUUAUUUCAAUCUUUGUUAUCUUGAUCUUCAGUACAUUUAAUUUGAAUUGGUAAACAAUUAAUAGCCCAUGCUUUUGGACAAAAAAAAUAAUCUAACCACUUGUUUCCUACCAUUUUUAUUGCAGAGAUGAACAAAAUACUUGAAAUUGCCUCACCAUGUUUGCUUGACUGUCUCUUCUUGACAUGGUGAUGGAAUUGGAUAUGAUCCAACAAGUCCCAAAGUAUUUCAAACGUUUGAAAUAUCAAAGAAAUCACUAACUGUCAGACUGAACGUCUCUGCAACCGGAAAAUUCCUAGUAGAUCAGCUGGAUUUGACUUUAUAACAAAUUAAUUCUGUUAGGAAGAUGCAAGAGAAAUAAAUGAAAGCAUUUGACAAGUCUGUAUCAUAUUGAAAAUGAUCCAGUUCACACUUUUGCUAAAUAAAACUGUUUGUCUCUUUUCCCACUCAUAAAUAAAAGGUCACGUACACGCACUUCGCAGUCAGCCUAAAUUAAUUAUAAAAUGUAACACAACUAAAAUGUAACC